GGCAAGAACCGCCUCUUUGUUCUGUUCACGUCUCGCUCGUCCACCGCCGAUUCGUCUUCGUCCUCGCUGUCUCGAUCCGGCCGGCCGGUGGCUUCGCAGACACGCGCGACAUGGACUGCUCCGGCCAGGACAGCGACGCGGCUGCCGGCGAGCAGCCACACCUUCCCCCGGCGGACACGCCGGUCCACGCGAUCUGGGGGCAUGUACUCUUCGAUUCGAUCGCCGCCGGAGCUAAUGGUAUUUUCCGGCAUGCUCCAGACGACUGCCCUUACCAGGACAUAAUCAGGGCCGCGGAGCUCGCAUCCUGGGGCGGCGAGGCCACGCGUACUACAUGGGCGGCGGCUUCACGCGACACGGACGGAUCCGGCCAGAACAACGACGCGGACGCCGACGAACAACCACACCCUCUCCCAGCGGGCACGCCGGUCCUCGUGCCCUGGCAUGAAUCCCUGUCCCUGAUGGACGUCCUCAGGAGAAGAAUCGGCCACGGAGACGGAGACGAAGACGGAGACAUGAACUGGUAUGAAGACGAGGACGCUUACAGGGCCGGCGGCUUCGGCGCGGUCCCGGCGUCCGACGAUGAGAUCGCCCGUCUCGAGAAGGCGGUCGUGGGUGAUACGAGAGAGACGGAGUGCGCCGUGUGCAUGGAGAGGUUCGGGGAGGGUGACGAGAUCAGGAAGAUGCCGUGCUCCCAUGGAUUCCACCAGACCUGCAUCUUCAAGUGGCUCCGGGUGAGCCGCCUCUGCCCGCACUGCCGCUUCGCGAUGCGCGCCGGCGACAAGUAGUUACGAAGACGAUGUUGCUGUUGCAAAUGCUGCUCCUAGUAUGGCAUUUGCGGAUCGAGAAGGGUCUCAUUUGAAGACGAUGCUGCUGCUGCUACUGCUCCUGCUAUCGCAUUUACUGAUCAAGAAUGGUCUUCACGAUGAGCGCCGAUGACAAAAGAUACUAUGAAAACGAUGUUGCUACUGCUCCUCCUUUUGCAUUUAUCGACGGAAAAUUGUCUCAUCACAUCUAUACGAGCGAGUUCACUCUACACCACUAGUAGUUAUGAAGAUGAUGA